UGGAAGCCGCUCCUUCUACGCGCACGGCGCGGCUCGAGCAGAGUUGACUAUAUAUGGUCAAAGCCAGGGGGAGAGAAGGAAAAGUGGUGCGAGCGGGCGCUUCCUGGUUUGUGCAGCUGGGAGUUGACGUCGCUUCUGCUGCAGGGGGGAAUUUGCAACCCAGUGAAUUGGAUUGUGCUUUUCCUUCCUUUUCGUUCCACUGUGGCAUUUGUCGCAGUUAAGCAGCAGUAGUAACAAGUGGGGGUGAAGAUGCCGUACGAGCUGAAAAAAGUGUUUGCCAGCCUCCCACAGGUUGAACGAGGCGUCUCCAAAAUCAUUGGGGGAGAUCCAAAAGGGAAUAACUUUUUGUAUACAAACGGGAAGUGUGUCAUCAUUCGAAACAUUGAUGACCACAGCCGUUUUGUUAACUGUGUGAGGUUUUCUCCAGAUGGAAAUAGGCUUGCUACAGCCAGUGCAGAUGGCCAGAUUUUUAUUUAUGAUGGAAAAACUGGAGAGAAAGUUGGUGCUCUAGGUGGAAGCAAGGCACAUGAUGGAGGCAUUUAUGCAAUUAGUUGGAGUCCAGAUGGCAAUCGCCUGCUUUCAGCUUCUGGAGACAAAACAGCAAAGAUUUGGGAUGUUGGUGCUAAUAGCAUAGUGAAUACAUUUAACAUGGGAUCAAAUGUUCUGGAUCAACAACUGGGUUGUCUGUGGCAAAAAGACCACUUACUGACUAUUUCUCUUUCUGGAUACAUCAACUAUCUGGAUGAGAACAACCCAGACAAACCUCUUCGAGUCAUAAAGGGUCACAGUAAAUCAAUACAGUGUCUUACUGUGCAUAAAAAUGGGGAGAAAUCUUAUAUUUAUUCUGGGAGCCAUGAUGGACAUAUUAAUUAUUGGGAUGCUGAGACAGGGGAAAAUGAUGACUUUUUAGGGAAAGGACACACAAACCAGGUUUCACGAAUGGCUGUGGAUGAAUCGGAUCAGCUGGUCAGCUGUAGCAUGGAUGAUACUGUGCGUUACACCAGUCUUAGCAAAAAAGACUACAGUGGCCAAGACAUUGUAAAAAUGGAUGUUCAGCCAAAAUGUAUAUCUGUUGGAGCUGGUGGAUAUGCAGUGGUCGUAUGCAUUGGAGAAAUUGUCUUGAUGAAGGAUAAGAAGAAAUGCUUUGUAAUUGAUAACCCCGGUUUUGACCCAGAAGCAGUCGCAGUUCACCCAGGAGGUGGCAUGGCAGCAGUUGGAGGAACAGAUGGAAACGUGUACUUGUAUGCAAUCCAGGGAACAUCUUUAAAAAGAGAGGAAAAGACGUUAGAAGUAAAAGGUCCUGUGACUGACCUGGCUUACUCUCAUGAUGGUGCCUUCCUUGCAGUGACAGAUGCAAGCAAGGUUGUCAGUGUGUUUAGUGUUGCUGAUGGCUAUGCGGAACAUAAUCUAUUCUAUGGACACCACGCAAAAAUUGUUUGUAUUGCCUGGUCACCAGAUAAUGAACACUUUGCUUCUGGGGGCAUGGAUAUGAUGGUUUAUGUUUGGACACUGAGUGACCCAGAAACCAGAGUCAAAAUACAAGAUGCCCACAGAUUACAUCAUGUAAGCAGCUUGGCAUGGCUGGAUGAGCACACCUUGGUAACGACAUCUCAUGAUGCGUCUGUCAAAGAGUGGUCUAUUUCCUACAAAUAAAAUGCCUUCAAAACAGGAGAACCUCAUCAGGGACUAGAACUACUGGAGCGAAACAUAGCAUUUCUCUUUCUUAAAAAUUAGCAAAUCUGUAAUGACCUUUGGGUCCUAUAGCAUAGUCUCAUACCUUUGCAGAGAGUGUUCAUAUCUGUAUUAAAUGACCUUUGAAAAGCUUUAGUCGGUAAUGGUUUGCACAUGAGAAGCACUUAAAUUAUGUCUGGAGCUUAUAUAAAACCUUUGUGUGCUGAACAUUCCAAGAUCUGCAGCCUAGUGGGCUGGCAUCAGAGUUUAAACUGAUUUGGUUCUUUAUUUUUUAAUAUCGAUGACACACCUACUUGCACAUGGUAUUGUACAGCAUGAGAGAAUUCUCAUUUUUUCUAAUUGCAGAACAUUUCUGUACUAACAGUCAUAGUAAAAAUGCUAGUUGUGAUCCAAAAAUGAAUCGUGGUGUGCAGCUACUGUAUAUUGGCUUAUCUGUAAUGCACCAAAAUAGUUGCCUCGAAUUUCAUGCACCAGACAUCAAAGUGGGGUACAUCCAUAAUAAACUUCUCCUGUAUUUCAUGUCCAGAUUUGUAGUUAUUUUUAAGAUAAAAACGUGGGGGUUUGAUGUACUUUGCCAUCCUUUUAGAACUUAAAGUUUACAGAUAAAUGUGAAGGCAUUUUUCCAGAUAUACCUUUGUUACCUUUUUGAACAAAUGAGAAUAUUUGAUCAUGGUUUGUUUGUUGGGAGAGGGGUGCUUCUAGAUCUGCUUUAAAUAUACCUGUUUCGUAAGAAGAAAUAUGUUGAUGUAAGAAAACUUGCAGUAAUUAUUAAAAAAAAAGCCUUUUUCGGUACAGGAAUUAAAAUGAAAUAAAGCAUUA